AAUCCAGGAAGUUGACAAAUACGUCACCACAAUUUAUCAGUAUUUUUAUUGUGAUUGUUAAAUGACAUGUACAUAUAAAAAUAUAAACAAAUGUAUGGUCAAAAAACAUCAAGACAAGGACAAGAUGUAAAAAGAAAAAAACUAAACGUUGCUAGAGAGGAAAUGCAUUUAAUGAGCGCAGGCUUUGCCAUAGUAGAUUUCAAAAGUUGCAUCCGGUAGUUGCUUUGGUAACACGCGUAAACAAAUGGCGUCGAACUGAGCAACUAAACCGAAGACAGUACACUAACGUUAAUUCACAAAUUUGUUGGGAAGGCCCAGUAAGUUUGAAUGCUUGGUGGCUGAAUGUUAUAUGUAAAUCAUAUUUUGCGAGGUUGUAUAGAGUAAUAACAACGCACUGCGUAAGUAACUGUUUGGUAGAUACGAUGGACGACGAUCAUUUUUCUACAACACUUGCUUACACGAAAAGUCCAAAAACAUCCAGAAGAACAACUUUCCAGAAUGAGCUAGAGGCAGCGGUGUCUGCUAGAACUAACAGACAUAAACCCAGCUAUUCGUACUCUGAUGACUUUGACGAUGAUGAAGACCAUGAUAAAGAUGACGAUGGCGACAUUCUCAGCAACCUCCUUAAAACACAGAAAGAGAGAAAGGACAGAUUUAGAGCUGGAAGGACAAAAGGCAAGAUCAAUGAUUUUAUGCUUUCGGAUGAUGAAGACGAAAAUGUCAAACCAAAAAAAGUAUCUUUCUUAAAAACUAAAGUGAGCAGUUCACCUGUCCACAUUGAGCAGCAAGACUCAAUGAAAAGUGUAGGUAGCCAUCAUGGUUCUUUCAAUUUCACUCAGUCCAGGAGUACUCCUCAAAGUCCACAAAAUUCUGUCACCACAGAGAAAAAUCAGGAGGCAGAUUCCCCAUUGUCCUCUCAGUCAGACAAUCUUCAACCACAGUCCACUUUACAGAAGGCUGAUCGGUCAGAAUCCAUAAUGAGGAUGAGGAACCAGACUGAAUCUUCUUUGGUGAGGAAGAGCCUGUCAGAAUCCCCUUUGCCAUUUAACUCUGAGAAUAGCCAAUGGAAAUCUUCAGUCCCUCUUCCAUCAGAGGGCUCUCUUUGUGACAGUCCAGUGUCAUUGCUGUCAGAUAAACAGGACAACCAAAGGAUUUCUUUUGGGGAAGAUUGUGAUCUUCCUAUUCCUCACCCCCGGGAAAGAAGUGUCAAAACAAAACUUCCUACAGGUCAGGGUUGUCCUGCUGAAGACAUGUCGCCCAGGCCUUUGCCCAGGCAUAAGGCGGUAAAUUUGUGGGAACGUGGUCCAUUAGAAGAGAAAACACAAGCAGAGACCACUGAUUGCAGUGGUAGAGCCAUGUCUAUAGUGCUCUCCAACACCUCUACCACUAAUGAGAGUGUUCAGGGCUCAGAUGAAGGCUGGGUCAUGUCACAAAAGUCCAAGACGUAUUCCUCUUCAACAACAGAGACCCUAUCUGAGGCUCCAGCUACAGCAGGAAGCGUUGCCUCAGAAGAGAGCAAAGAAGAAAGACAGUCAACAUCCUUUGAGGAAAAGCAUGAGAGUUUCUCUGGCAACUUUGGGAACCACACAUCCACUUCACAUGCUCAAAGGAUCAGAAAAUCCUCAGACAGGAAGUCCAAGAGCUCCUACACAGCAGAGUCUAAAUACCUGGGAACAUUGAAAAUUUUGGAUCAGAGGACGCAGGAGGCCCAACAGAUUCCAGAGGCAGCGGAUUCACUAAGAGCUGCUGUGUACCAAGAAUGGGUAAAAAAGAAAGAAGAAACCAUAAAAAUUAAAAUGAUUGCAAAGAAACAGGAAGAAAAGUUAAAAGAAGAUAAAAAGCAAGAGGACAUGCUGGCAAAAAUUGCAGAUGCUAAAGCCUCUUAUGAGGCCUGGAAAGAGAAAAAAAAGGAUGUCAUCCGAAAGAAAGAAAAAGAAAAACAGGAGGAAGUAAAUCGACAACAAACGGAAAGGGAUAAAAUGCAAGAAAAAAAGGAAAUCGCAAAACAGCAGGUUUUUGAGAAAUGGAAACAGGAGCAUGAUGAAAUCCUUAAAGAAAAGAUAAGGAAAAAGAAACAGACUGAGAAAAGAGAGAAACUACAGCAAGGUCAAGUGAAAGAUGAGAGGAAGAGGGACUGUACCUCUGCUUUCAUGAAAUGGAGUGAACAAAAGAAGUGUGUAAUUCAAGCAAAGGUAAGAGAAGAACGCAAGCAGGAAACAUUUCAAGAAGUGGAAGAACAAUAUGAAAAGGAGGAACGAGAGAAAAUGGCUUUGGAAGUGUAUGACAAAUGGCUGAGAAGAAAAGAGUUUCAACAAAAAAGAGAAAGAAAAGAAAAGAAGAUACAAGCGAUUCUUCAUGAUGAGCCACCUCCACCAUGGAGUCCCCCUAAUAAAACCAUCCCAUUUGGAAAAUAAGCAUUAUUUAUUGGUAAUUGGCCUUAUGUGCAAAUAUAACAUUUGUAUUUGUAUACAUGCCUUUAAAAUAAAUUAGUGCUAUUUGUUAC